CGGCGCUGUGACAGCGCACAGUCGGGCCCGCGCUCGCCGCCUGGAAGCCCAUGUCGGGCCGGAGCCGUGCCGGGAUUGCUCAUGAGGCCUCUGCCGAGCAGGAGUAGGAAGAACCGCGGCAUAUCCCUGGGGCUCCUCGCCCUCUGCCUGACCGCAGCCUGCUGUCUGCAAAGUCAGGGUGUGUCCCUGUACAUCCCCCAGUCGGCCAUCAAUGCCACGGUGGAGGAAGACAUCUUGCUCUCGGUUGAGUACUCCUGCCAUGGCGUCCCCACCAUUGAAUGGAAGUACACCUCCAACUGGGGCGCACAGAAGAUCGUGGAGUGGAAGCCGGGCACUCAGGCCAACAUCUCCCAGAGCCACAAGGACAGGCUCUGCACUUUCGACAACGGCUCCAUCCAGCUCUUCGGCGUGGGCGUGAGGGACUCGGGCUACUACAUCAUCACGGUGACGGAGCGCUUGGGGAGCAGCCAGUUUGGCACCAUCGUGCUGCACGUGUCGGAGAUCCUCUACGAAGACCUCCAUUUUGUGGCUGUCUUCCUUGCUUUGCUCGCUGCCGUGGCCGCGCUGUUAAUCAGCCUCAUGUGGGUUUGUAAUAAGUGUGCGUAUAAAUUCCAGAGGAAGAGAAGACACAAACUCAAAGAGAGCACCACUGAGGAGAUUGAGCUGCAAGAUGUGGAGUGUUAGCCAAGGCUGCGCCCAGUUACAUUCCUACCUCAAGAGGAGAAGAGUAUUUUCCACAAAGGGCGCGAACGCCGCCAAUCCGCCCUCCCCGCCUCCUGCCGCCCGGCCAGUAGCCACACGGUCCCGAGGGGACUGCGGAUGUUCGCGAAAUUGACUCCGUGGACUCGAGGACUCUGGAUUGGACAAAGUCCGUUCUAGUGCUUGCAAGAAGCUCAAGGAGAAGCGUGCUUGAGGCUUUGGGCCAGAGCCUCGCUCGGCUGCCGCUUUGCGGACCCACGCCAGUGGCCUCGUGCUGGUCGGGCCGCUUGCUGGCUACACUCGUCGCGGCCCUGGGGGUGGCCGCUGGAGGUGUCCCCGUGUCCGAGGCCGGAGUGGCCCCGGACCGAGCGUGCAGCCAGCGUUGGACAGGCUCUCCGUGUUCCUUUCUGCUCUGCUGGUCCCUCCAGCCUCUGCUGCGGGAGCUACUGUGAGAAAACCCGAGGCUUUUAGAUGAUCUGCCUGCCAUGCAGGGGGAGAGACUGGGCCCUAAUGAGGUGCUUGGAGCAGACCCCGGGGCCUGGUUAGGGAGAGGGGCUCCGCUUGUUCCUGAGGGAUCGAUGUCAGAAGCAAGAAAUAGGGAGAAAAUGACCUCUCUCUUCCUCUUGUAGCCCAACAUUAGUUGGAUUUUGCCUCCUCUGGCCCCUACUUAGGCCAGAGUGAGGAACACAGAUGUUCAUCUCCACUGUGGGCAGCAGCUGGCCUCCAAAUGGUUUCCCGACAAGCCAGGUUCUGGUACCUAUGAAAGUGAGCCUGCGUGGUGGGUGGUAUGACUGUGCCCCUCGUCACCAACACUUUGUCUCAAGUCAGGCCCUUGCUCCCUCCCAAGUGGGCUUAGGAAUACUUGGCGCUCACCUACCUCACAGUCGGGGUAUCAGGUGAAGCCCACAGUAUGCACAGAGCUCACUGAGCAAUUUCAGGAAAGCAGGAGGAUUCUUCAAGGGUCUGGAAAGCCAAGCAGGCUACCGAGUGCUGUAAACUGAUACACGCUCUGGUGUACCGGGGCUCCACGGGGACCUGGGGACUGGAGGACAAGUGGCCUGGGCUCUUAGGCUCUCGGCUUGUCAGUCACCGUGUUUACUUGAAAGUUUCUCCACCCCGACUUCCAUUUAGCAAGCUCUAAAUAGGCAUGAACUUGUUUUCCAUUAUCCUUUCUCUCUCCAACACUCUUAGCUACAGACCAAACGCACCAGGCCAAUUAGUGGA